ACUUGCCUUCAUGGACUUCAGUGUAGGUUUUUCCUGUUUUUCGUCGCAUGAAGAAAGACUCUGCUGACAGCUCGCGUCGUGUUAUCCCCCACUGCGGAUGUGCACAUCGUACCCUCGCAUGGAGUAGGGCCUAAAAUUCUUCGAGUAGAGCGAGCGAACUGAAUUUCCGUCAACGCCGAGACACUGUAGGCGCUGUCUUUCGCAUCGAGGACGUCUUUUGCCGCCCGCUUUUCCGUCAGGUUGCAACUUCGUCCGCUUGGCCGGACUAUGAUUUUCAAUGAACCGUCAACGACACGUCAGUACAACCCCUUCAGAACAGGGCCCGUGUCCGGUAUCGGCAGGCACCGCUUUAUAUCGCGUGCGAUUUUCUUUUCACCUUGUGUACAGUUUUGAGGAAUUACGGGUGCGUCUCUGCCCUUGAGGAGUACGGUCCGGCAGCCGCAGGGCUUCAGAGUCGGAAGCCGGAAAAACAGCAGACUACCACUAAUGCGCCCAUGUUUGUCGCUCGAAUCGUUUCUGGUGUGGAAAGCCAUCCAGGGGGUCCUGUAGAGAACGAAGUUUUCCAGUCUUCUUCACGGCCAUCUUUCUGUCUUCGCCGCCGCUGAACUACGACGUUUUCCUUCAAGAAAUCAACUCUCCGAUACACACCUCCGCCUUCUCUUUGCAUUCUCUCUUCUAUACAGCACAUCCUGCGGGGGAGAAGGUGGCUUGUUUGCCGCCAACGAUGUUUUCAAGAGAAGACUUUUCAAGGCGCAACAACAUUUGUUUUGUCACCCCGCCCUGCAUUCAACUGUGGUCGAUGGGUGACUCUCUGCGGCACAUACAGCCUGUCGACUAGCUCCUCGUGAUUCACAGUCCAAGAUUCCUCUUGUUUGGGGGAAGUGCGAGCUCACUUCGUCUCUCCAGCCAAGAUGGUGUCUUUUAACUCAUCGUGUUCCUCCGUAGCUUGUAGCCCUCAUCUGCGUCGUCGCGCUUGCAGCGAAACCUGUACCUCUGCAGCGAACAAGACCCUCUAUUCGCUGUCUCGGCACGCGUGUCCCGAAUGUGCGUGUCUAUCUCUGUCCUCGGAAAGUCUUCGUGGUAUUGUCCUUUCUCGAGCUUUCUCCGACUGCACCUCGCCCUCCGCUCCCAUAUGCGGCUGGAGUGUGGCGACCCGCUGUUUUUUUCCCUCCAUCAGCCACAGGACGAAGGCGCGUCGCUGAGGUGGACUCCUGGUUUAGAUUUUGAAGGUGUCUCUUCGCCAGGUCCAAGCUUAGCUGUUUUUUUCGUUUGACCUUAAGUGCACCAACCCGAGUUGUAUCCCGCAUGUGCCCCCAUCGCGCUUGUUUUCGACGACUCUGCUAAGGAGACCGGCGCCGAACAGGUUGCCUGAGUCAGUCAAGAACGAAAGCGAGUGGAAGGCCGCCUUCCGGGUUUCUUUUCACUGCGAUUCAGAUGCAAAGUUCUCUGACCAGCCAGCGUAGGCGAGAACCCAGCGACGCAUCUGCUUGACUUCGUACUUUUGAAGCUUCGCUGUUGCCGAUUCUGAAUGGUGCGCGGUCCGGAGGGCCGGCACGGAGUGUACAUACACGUGAUUGUGUUCCUCACUGACGCAAAUGCUUUGGCUAAAAGACGCUGGCUCUCGGGCGUUUGACUGCCGCUUUUUGACUGCUGCGAAGACCAGGAGUUACGUUCUGGGGAUUUCUGGAGUCUUAAAACACGGAGCGCUUCCGUUUUCCAGAGCAUAAAAUAAGGGUUCUUCCAAUUUCGCGAAUUUGCUUGUUCGGGGAUCACCGCAGAGGUGGCGGGCCUUGGUUUCCGGAUCUAGGCUUGUGAUUUUCUUGAAGGCCGCGCUGCCUCGCCCGUUUUCGAUUUCCUCUCUGGAGGCACGACGCACACUCCCGAGCCGCGAAUCUCAAGGCUGCGGCCGCCUUUUCUUCGCGCUCACAGCUCGCCUCUUCUUCGCAAUGGCAGGCGGGACGGAGGAGUCCAUGUGUGCGUGCGAGCGUGCGCCGCCGGGUCUUUUGAACUUGGGGAAGACUUGCAGCUUCAACGUGUUGCUUCAAGCUCUUGCGUCGACCCGAACUUUCUCGAAUCUCUACGGGGGCGUCUGGCGAGAGCAGCAGCGGAGUCGCAGCCCUUCGACCUCCGAGCUGCACGACCUCGUCCGCAAGCAGCAGGCACUUCUGCUUCUCCCGGGAGAGGCGGGAGAACGGGGACGACCGAGGAGCCGGUUCGCUGUUUUCCGAGCCUCCCCGGGUGUCGACGCGUCUGGCCCGGAAAGGGGGAGAGAGGUCUGGUGUACAGACGCUGCGGCCGUGGGCCGAGCCGCAGCUGCAGCGGUCAGUGCCGCGCGGAUGCCGCUCAACUUUUGUAUGGCAGAGAUUCUGGGGCGAAUGCAAGCUGGCGGAGACACCCUCCAUGCGCGGGCCCUGACUCAAGACAACGCGUGUCCGAGGACAGCUUCACAGUCGCCGACCGCGAGCAUGCAGGCGGCCGAGGAGAGAGGAGAGGAGGGAGGUAGCGUAGGUGGGAAGCCAGGCGAGGGCGAAGAAGGCGCGCCAGCGGAAGACCCCGAAGAGGAGCAAAAGCAACGCAUGCGGCGGCAGCUGCGUCUGAAGCGGCAGCUCCAGACCAAACGCUGGUGGAUCAAACAGGAACAGAACGUUCUCUCGCCUUUUGACUUUGUCUCUCACAUGCGCAUGCUGAACGCGGACUUUGAACAAGACGUGGAACUCGACGUCGAGGAGGUUUGGAGGUUUCUGAUUCAACAAAUCUUUACAGAACUCCAGCGCGAACAGCACUCUUUCGACGUGUCGGCCUUCUGCUCCCUUCCGCGCGGCGGCUCGUCGCCCAUGCAACGGGACGAAGCAAACAACGGCCAGGAGUUCCUCAAGGGCGAGGCAUUAGCUGUGUCGACUGGCGGAGCCUCUAGCGGUGUGUCUUCGUCUGACUGUCCAGGGUUUUCUGGGGAGGAUGCUUUUCUCGGCGGACUUUCACGCCCCGGCUGCAGCCCCGAGAAAAAAGAGAGAGAAGCCUCACGACGGCGUCUAGGAAACUCACUAGAUUCUCCGUCGUCAGGAAGGAACACCUGCACAAACGCCCUCAAGACGCACUUGACCCCCGGCGUUGGCGAAUCGACAGGCUCUCCGUCGGCGGUCCGUCGAGCUCAGGGGUGUCCUUGGAGCCCAACUAGCGGUCAGAGGGGGGGCCGAGAGAGGGCGGGGCACUGCAGUGCUCCCGGAGGGAGUCCGGCGUCUUACGGCCAGGCAUCAAGAUCUGUUUCAAGUCCUCAACGUGGCCUCGCGAAUCCCAGUCACAGCCUCGGAUCUCUGCGGAGCUCUGUGCUGUCGCACAGCAUUCGGGGUGGCGGAGCGAGCGAGCCAGGGCCGCGACCCGCGACGGGCGCAGUCGCGGUUGCUGCUGGAGCCUUCUCUUCGUGCCCCAGAAUGCGGACGCACUGCGUCCGCGGUCUCUCGCCGCGGAGUGUGCCGAGGAAGAGCGAGCUCGGGCGCGAAGAGACAGAGGGAGAGGGCGGUCGCGCGGACCGACGAAAGUUGCCAGAAAGUCUUCUCGUCUCUGCCUCGUUCCACUUCUUAGAUCCCGAGAUAGAGCGUCGCUGCCGGGAACUCGGGGCAGAAAAUGCAGUUACUUGCUCUCCAAUUCGGAAGAGAGAUGCCACUGAAAACAGCAAGGGCCGAGUGACGGAGCUUCGGAGCUCGCCUGUUCGACUCGCGAUGAAUCACGAGGCCUCGGUCGACAAGGCUCCAGGACCUUCCCCGCGGAGGGGAGACAGCGAGUUGCCGGCUCGAGCGGGCGACGCGGGCCUGCCUCUUGGACUGCAAAGCCCUGCAGGGGCACCAGUCUCCCCGGUCGUGAAGGCGCGGCUUCGCCUCCCGACUCCAGGAGUGAAGCUGGAAGCGCCUCACUGCAAGUCCAGUGUAUCUGAAUCCGCGGAUGUCAAGAGUGUGGAGUUCUCCCCCGAGGCUGGAAUCAAGCAGAGCCAGCUGGGUUACAUGAGCGGCGAAAUGGAGACUCUCUCGCUCAAAAUCGAAGCGAAGGAGGCUGUGAAACGCGAGGCCUUGGAAGCGAGUCUCGCGGCUCUGGCGCAGCGACAGAGUGCCACUUUGCUGCUUCGUCAGCUCCAGCAGGCCCUCGUAGGGCGCCUAGUGCAGGUCCCUGUCCCCUGCAGCUGCUGUUGUAGGUGCGACGUGGAUGCGACAGUGUCAGCGUCUUCGAGCAGCCGGAGAGAAGCAAGUCGCGCCUGUCGGAGAGGAAGGGGAAACCCAGGAAGCAGAGCUGGGCGCGAGUCCGCAGCCCUGCGAGGAAGGGAGAAAACAGCGGGGAGAAACGAGGUGGAGGGCCUCCUCCCGGGGGCUAAGAGAAGUGCCGUGGACUCGAAUGCUUGCCAGGGAGGUCAGGUGUCUGUGCAAUCGAGAGCGGAGUUGGAAAAGCGAGGCGAGGCGCCUGCGUCUCGCGUGGCUUGCCGCACGUCCCCGCCUGGUCCUCGGGAGGGUGCCGUGUCUCCUGCAUCGGUUCGUUGCUCCAGGCUCUUCUCCGAGAAGGCCCUUUCGCCUCGGAACUCGGAGAAGUUCCCGCCCGCCGCUUCGCCGAGGUUUAUGGACAGCGGAAGGAGCGCGGAAGACGGAUUCGAGGCGAGACUUCCAGUGGUUCUGCCUCCAGAUGCGGCGCCGUUUCCUUCUUCUCCUCUCUAUCCGACCCUCGCGUCGCACCCUGCGUGCAGUCCCGGCUCUCUGGCGCUGUCCAGCGUGUAUUCUGCGGGUCCGGGAGAGCCUGGAGUUCCGAUUUGUUGUCUUCCAGGUGGCGCGCUGUCCUCCCUCUUGUCCGUGGAGAGUUUCUGCGGCGUAUUGCCUGUCCGUCUCCCCGAGCGAAGUCGCUGGGUGUCGAGUCGCACGCGGUCGAACGCCGUCAGUUGGUCAGAGUCGCGCAGGGCCCUGUCUCUCGCCGGGGACGCAAACUCGUCGGGCAGCCGCGCCCAGAGACUCACGUCGCCGCAGCCCAUCACACUGGAGGAGUGUCUCUCUCUCGCCUUAACGCACUCCUGCGGAGGCGCCGCGCCCUCAGGAGGCGCCGCUGGCCGGGUCCGAGCGCGGAGGCGCGGCGAAGCGACGGCACGGUCGGGGCGGCCCGCCUGCAGUGUGGGGGCGCCGCGUCGCAGGGUGGCGAAAUCUCAGCGACGCGGCGAAAAGGCGGAGACGAGCAGAGCGUGGAGAGGCAGCGGAUGUGACGCUGCAGUGUCUCCUGGGGUCGAGGGCGGCAAGCAAAAGUGUGGGGUUUGCGGAAAGUGGCAGGGACGCCGAGAGGGAAACUCGGAAAGAAAUGCCAGCGGAGAGGAAGACAUAGAGCGAGACGGUGUGCAGACAGUGGAGACGGGAGCGGCGUCGCGAACGAGGACGCAGGACACGACCGUGAUGCACAGUGUGGAAGAGAAGGUGGAGACAAGGAACAACGCAGACGAAGCGGAAGCGGCGCUGUGUAUAGACACAUGCGACGCGCUUUCCUGCUACCACCGACUGCGCUGUCAUCGCUGCAACCAGGUUCACACGCAGACGUUUCUCGAGCGUCUCCCGGAUAUCCUGCUUUUUCAGCUCCCGCGAAGCAGCGUCACUCCUCCAGGUUCGUUUGGCAGUGGCGCUUUGAAGGCCGCAGCAGCUGCAGCUGCCGGCGGAGGCUUCAAAAUCAAGGCGCAUGUGGAGUUUCCGCAGCGCCUCGAGAGCGUCAUUGGCCCGCACUGUGUGGCAUCUCCGGCCUUCGAGGCUGCAUGCAGCGAGCUUGUGGGCGCGACGAAGCGUGGGUCUUCGUUCGAGUCCGAAGACGAAGGCGGGCGUUACCAGGGGCGCAAGAGACGGAAGCUGUCAAGUCAAAGUGUUUCGCAGAGUCGCGAGACACACAGAGCUGGGAGGGACGCGGAAAGAGCCACGCAAAGACGCGCGCGGAACUCCCUCUGUAGUCGGGAAAGGUCAGGAGGCGGUGGAGUUUCUGCGGCCGGGCAAAACGCGCGUUUCCUGCAGACGCUGCGCGACGACGCGGCUGUCUACACGCUCCGCGCGGUGAUCGAGCACCAGGGGCGCAGCGGAGUUGGCGGGCACUACGUAUGCUACCGUCGCGGGGCGCCGUGCGACCUCGUGGAGACAGAGACGCGAGAGACGGGACAGGGUGAGAGUUCAGAAGAGGGUGUCUCCCCAUGUUCGUCUUCGCCGCACAAGGGCGAGUUUAUGUUCUCUGCUGCAGAGGACAAGGCGCGAGGGGAGGGCCGGGGUACGGUGGAAAACAGCCACACGCACUUGGAGAGAGCAGAGGAAGAGACGUGGUGGGAAGUGAACGAUGCAGAGGUCACGCAGACAUCGUGGAACCAUGUUCGUCUCAGUCAGGCGUACAUUCUGGUGUACGAACGGUGUGGACGCGCGACUUGCCCACGGUCCUCGCGACAAAACGGAGUUGUCAGUGACCGACGUUCGCCGGGUCCUGGCUGCUCUGCGGCCUCUCUUCGGACUCUGGACGACCAUGGCACGCCUCCUCCGAGUGCGCGUUCGGCUUCUGGUGGGGGUCUUUCGAGCUCGGAAAAAGACGCGGGCGAGCCUCCUCAGGUGUCUACACACCCGAGAAGAGGGUCCCGACGACUCGAUGGGAGGACUUCCCGCGCAUGCAGCGAAGCGGGGGAGAGCGGCGCAGGCCCUCCGGAUGGGAAGGAAGACACAAAGGGAAGAGGUCGCGCGCAAGCGUCACGCAGGAAGAAGGCUGCGACGGCAACGUUCACGGAAGAACAACUUAAAAAGCUUCCUCAGAAUGGGGUUAAACCGGCGACGGUAAACAAGGCGCGGUGCCCCCUUGGCGUUAGCGAGAACAAAAGUUUUCUACGCCUCCGGAGAAAACAGCAAGAAUCCACGGGCACGACGAAAUGUGAGGGGGCGGGGCAGUUGGCAAACACAGCGAGGAGUCGAGAAGGCUGCGGCAGCAAGGGCGUUUUUUUCGAGACAGACGACGGCGGAGAAACGACGCGUCGGAUCCACGAGCGUCGACGCCGGAACCGGGUUCUCUAGAUUGGAUCUGAAAGAGAAGCACGGAGAAUCACGAAGGCCAGAGGAAAUGUAGCGGGGGAAGAACGUGACGUCAAGACGAACGGCCAUGCCAUGGACGGCCAUCGGGCUGCCGUGUGAUAAUCGUGACUCUGUGAGGUUCAGACUUUGCGGGGGUGCGAUGGUUGCAAAACCGCUUUUUUUUCUGCAUGCAGGGAUUCCCUCUCGGUGGACGGGUAGGCGGUCCUGAAGUGCGAGUGUCUGAAUAAAGAGACCAACGCGGUGAAAAACACUUUGGGGGGGUGGGGGGGGAGGAUGUGAGAAGAGGUCGCGUCUGGCGGAGAAACCGAACUGAGAUGCACUGAAAACGCAGAAAAACGACACCACACUUGGCACAACACCUAGGCGUAACAAACCAACAAAUGCUUGAAACUUCCAGCGGAAAGAGCGGCUUUCAGUCUAAAAAGGGAUGACGAGACAUGCCGUUUGUGAUGAAUAUGCCACACAGAGUUUUUCAACUUUGCUUGCCACCUUGUGGUGAAGGGUUGCAUCGCUGAAACCUCGAAAAAAGCUGUUUUUCGAGGACCGAACACGAGUGCAUUCGGGUGUACGUACACCUCUCUCGUCUGCAUUAGAGUGUCUUUAUCGUCGAAAGAUCGCGUGGUGUCACAUGCGGGUGAAGCCUGAGAAACAGAGACAGAGUGAGGGCGGGAACAACUGGGAUGAUUAUCUUUGCGUCAAUUCACGAUGAGGAAAGAGAAGGGUGCAUGCAGGAGGCAGCGCAAAAAGAACUUCCGGGAGAGAUGGUAAUCAAAACGGUGGAUGGGUGUAGCAAGGGGAAUUCAGACCCGCUGGGAUAGAGUUCACGGUGGCAGAUCUUGGACAAUAGAUGCGAGUCCCGCCCCCCGCGUUUCAUGCGUGAAACUGUCUUCUUGAGUUUGCCGUUCGGUCUGUCAGUUCCUGUUGUAUUUCCCGAGUCGUGCCUCGGGUUCGCACUUUUUUCAACUUCAUCCCCUCGCACCAGUCCGCUCUUCUUAAUUUCCGCGCGCCACUGUAGGAGCGGUCUCGUGGGCCGCGAAUAUCGACGGUGAAGUUAGACAAACAGUUCAUAAAGAACACGCGUACCGGUCGUGAGUGGGGAGGAAGACACUUGCUUUUGUGUCUACACACAACUCAGGAGUUGUUCGUCUCAGUGCACAGAGGUCGCUGUCACCCGCUGCGGGAAUGAGCUCUGAACUAUUUGUUGGAUUUCAGUCUCCGACGUUACGGGUAUUCCCAAUCUGGUGUGCUGUAGGCGUCAUAUAUGGAUCACUCUUACCAUUCGUGUUAACAGCGAAGUUAAAUGUACCUCUAGUCGUACGGGCAGUAUCUAGCGGUGAUGAACAACGUACGCUCUCCUUAGUUCACUAUUUGUGAAGCAGCUCAAACGGAUAUCUUGCGCUCGGCAGGGAAACCAACGGAUAAAGUGGCAAAGCGCGCGUUGCGUUGCCGUGGCAGAAAUUCACUCGCGCGACCCCAACUCGAAUGUGCUACACAAGAAAGUCUUGGAAGUGGUUAUCUUUGCUGCUGGUCGAUGCGCCGGCAGGUAGCAGGUUGGACAUUAAACCUCAAAAACAGGCAACUUUGUUGAAUUCUGCAGCGUCGUUGAAGUCGUCGCACGGUCGGAACAACGAGGUCAUACAGAAGUUUCCAGAUCUGCCGCAUAGAGUCGACCAAUUCAACAGGAGAGCAUACGAAAACUGUGGGACUCUAUAUCAAUGUGUCAGCAGAGGUGGUGGUCUUUGAGCCUGUCAGUUGCAUACUUUUCUUUCCGCUUGCAGUUUCUCAGUGUAGAGAGAAGAGAUCUUCUUAUCACACUACACGCAUUUUUCCAGGAUUAUUUCUCUUGCAACCUUCCGGUGUGCGAAGUCGGCACCCGUGUUCUUGGUAACUUUCCCAGCUGAGCAAAGACAGAGCG